AUGUCUAUCAUAUUCGUCGAUGACGAUCUGAUAGCAAAUUCGCCGCGGUUUAUUCAAACGACGCCUAUGCGAAACUACUAUUGGCCUUCCUCCUUUGUCAAUUUGGCCGCCUCUUGCUUCACAUCUUUGCUUUCGUGCGCUCACAAAUCACAGCAGGGUACAUUUGUCUUUGCCAUCGAUACACCUCCGAGCAUGAUCCAUCAUCCAACAUCCACCGACCAGUCAAGCCCACCAGCGUCCACGUUUUUGAUAUGUUCGGUGUGGGAUUGGAAGAGAUCUGUUGGCCCGGAACAAACCGCUCAGUUUCAAAACGUAAUGAUCGGCGUUCAUAAAUCUUGCGCAGUCCACAUUUCACGACGUGCCGACUUUGACUGA